GGUAGGCUUCUGGUUAACGGCUCCUUUGCGGGCUGUCGCCGGCCGCCGCCCCCGCCCACACUCCGCUGUCUAGAGAAAAUGGUGGGUCGGAACAGUGCCAUUGCCGCCGGUGUAUGCGGGGCGCUUUUCAUCGGGUACUGCAUUUACUUCGACCGCAAGAGACGGAGCGACCCUAAUUUCAAGAACAGACUGCGAGAGCGAAGAAAGAAACAGAAGCUUGCCAAGGAGAGAGCUGGACUUUCCAAGUUACCUGAUCUGAAAGAUGCUGAAGCUGUCCAGAAAUUCUUCCUUGAAGAAAUACAGCUUGGUGAAGAGUUACUAGCACAAGGUGAAUAUGAGAAGGGUGUGGACCAUUUGACAAAUGCGAUUGCUGUGUGUGGGCAGCCACAGCAGUUACUACAAGUGUUACAGCAAACCCUUCCACCACCAGUGUUCCACAUGCUUCUGACUAAGCUUCCCACAAUUAGUCAGAGAAUUGUAAGUGCUCAGAGCUUGGCUGAAGAUGAUGUGGAAUGA